GUGCUGUUGGCAUGUCGUAGAAGCUGUUUUCACGUCGUAUCACAGCUGGGCGCCAGCUGAUAGAAAAUUGAGCGAGAAAAGUCAAUAAAGGUGCGCUAUUUCAGUAUUGAUAACGUGGCGAUACGGUGACAUAUUUAUAUAUUAUGUGAAUAGCAGGUGAAUUUAUAGUGAAUAUUGGUGAUAGCAUCGAUAUGGCUGUCCAAAAUAUAGCGGUGAAGUUGUGUGGAGUGCUACAAGCGCAGGGCGAAGAAGAGGUUACGGCCCGGGAAUGGCGCCUAUUAGGCCAAGAACAAGAUGGGUCGCAACUCUUAAGCUGGGUAUCAGACAAAGAUGGAAAGGAGGUCCUGAACUUAGGGUCUUAUACCAAUAAAACUAAAACGUUGAUCACACUUCACACUUUUGACGAAAAACUGAAUAUAAUCCAGGCUUCAGUGAAUGCUACACAUACAUUACUUGUUUACAUUGUAAAAAUACUUCCGAAUGAAAAUAAUGAAAUCAAGGACCCACUAUAUUCUCCGUUCUUGAUAUGUUUGCUACCUGAAGCUGAUAGGACACCCGCAGCAGUUGAAGAACCUUCCUCAAAGCAAAUUAUGGUCCAGUAUGUGUAUGGGAAGAGCACUAAAUACAGUCCCGGGAUAAGAAAUGAUAGAUUUCUGCUUUUCAAGCAUUUAGAGUGCAUCAAAAUCUACCGCACUCCUAUGUUCCUGAAUGAAUGUGAUGAUGGCACUGACAAAUGGGGCUUCGAUGGCAUUUACCCUGAACCUGAGAAGAUUGUUAAGGUCUUUUCAUGGGCGCAAUGGGAUUGUGUCAAUCAGGUGCUCUACUACAUCCACUAUCGUCUACCGACGCAGAGUUUCGCCGAAGGUGAAGAGGUGAAAUCUCCGUCGGAAAUGACGCCGACGCUAUCCGCUUUGCAGUUUCAUGCAGACUUACCACACGAGACUGUUCUAAACAUCCCGCUAAGCCUGCCGCACGUAUCGAGCUCGGGCGAGGGUGCGGCGUGCGGCGCCUAUGAAGACGACCCCAUACCUCUGCGGGUGCAUGACUGCAGUCUCGACCUGCAGAUCGUAUGCGAUCAGAAAGGAGUGCUGUGUAUAUGCCAUCAUUAUUUGUAUAAGCCUCUAGACGACUCAACAACAUCCCUAGUGCUAGAAGACAGCGCUGACCUGAAGGACUCGGGCGUGAACUUCGCGUACUCCAUAACGUUGUUACAGCACGGUUGUGUAGUACAUAGCGUGGUGCCCGACCUGCCCUGGUCUUUGGCCAAGUCUCUGAGGCCCUCGUAUACUCUUUAUGCUGACAACUACCUCCUAGUAAACAUACCAAUGCUGUACACUCAAAUGAUAGACAUAAGCUUAUUCCACGAGCCAUGCUGCCACAUCGUGCUUCCCAUGGACGAGUGUGACAGUGGCCCCAGUUUGGCCCCAGUUUUAGGCUGGGGGCCCCAUGCCAUGGUGGACCUGAACACCCUCGAUGUGGUCACCAUGACCGUGCCAGACAAGGAUCUGACUGCCACCUUUAAGAGUAACACGGCUGUCGAGAAUAAGUUGGCGAUUCUCCAUUAUUUGAUACAGCAUGAUGGGAAUAUGGAUUUGGCUGAGGAGCUAAUAUCGUGGAUGUGCCUGAACCAACGCGACGGUCUGGGCGCGUUCCAGCGCGUGAUGCAGGAGUACCUGGUGGGCACCACGUACGCCGUCACGCGGCGUUCCCUCCCCGCGUCGGCUUUGGGCCUCAUGAAGAUGCUGCCUUUUACUCAACACCUCAAGUUUGCUGAUGUUAAGGUCCGCGACAUGUGCGUCUCAGUGAGCCAGGAGAAGUUGUGGAACAGCGCCGUAGUAGUGCUGGCGCCGCGGCAACGCGUCUGUCAGUUCGCGGAGGACGUGUGGACGCGGCUGUGGCGGGCCCUCAACGAUACCGUGCACAAGCGGCUGCAGCCACAAGCCGUUAUAGACAAGCUGAGGGUCAGCCUGCAUUGUUAUCAGCCGGAAGCCCUAUCCCGGUGCAGCACCCCGCUGUCCCCCGGGGCUCCGCCACCGCCUCUAAGCGCUCCACAGCGCCGCUCCUCCAUCGGCAGCGGACAGGACCUGCUGCCAUUCUUCGAGCUCGACGUCUGCACGGCCAGCAAACAGGAGCAUAUCAUUGCUGCGAAUCUGCGCGAGGUGAGCGUGCACCUGAUGCGGGAGUGCUCGGGCGGGGGCUCGGGGUCGGGAGGGGGGGUGUGGCAGGGCCGCGGCGUGGAGAGCGGCGUGCACGCGGUAGGCACGCGCUGGGCGGCGGCGCAGCUGGACGCGUCGCGCGCGCUGUGCCGCGCGCUCACGCGCCCGCUCGCCGCCACGCCGCACAACAACCAGCAGCGAGGCUUCACCUUCAUCGAUGAGAUGGACCCAACGCACGCGUUUAUAGUAUUCAAAGUUCUGGAGCAGUAUUACUUAGCCACCGACUCCAUUGCGUUUCCCUUGCCGCAAGGAUUCAGUUCAUUCUUCACGUACCUCGGGUAUCGCACGCUGCCGUUCCAUUCAUUCGUUCAAUACGUUCACCGUAACGUGUUCGAGUUGCAGAUCGAUGUCAUGAAGGCGAUUAUUGCAUCAAAAGACGACGACAACAAAACAACGGUGAACAACAAGCUCCGACUUAUACAGUUAGUAGGCGAGGGUCGUGCCCGCCGCGCCCUCGCCGCGUGGCCGCACCGCGCCGCGCUCGUGCUGCGCGCGCGCGACCACGCGCACGCGCUGCUGUCGGGCGGCGCCGCGCCGCACCACGAGCUCAGCCGACACAGACCCGUCAAGGACACUGGUAUUGCAGCAUUACCUUCAGGCGAGCGUCUAUCUCCACUGGACACAUUCCUGGAUUUGCUGACAGCUAAAGCGAGCCUCAACGAACUGGACUUCAAUCUGAUCAUCGAGGCCACAUUAGCCUCCGUACAGCAAGACUCCGCUGCUUAAAUUAUUCUCUAGCUCUUAAUAAAUGUUUCGUAGUCAAAUUUUAGCCUAGUAAGCUACCAAAGAGCCAUACCAUCU